AUGGGAUCGAAACACUCGACGCUGAAGAAAAAACAGCAACGUGAACAACCAGUUCCGUCUUCUCAAAAACCAACACAUCCGGUACUCAGUGAAGAGAUAAUUCAAGCUACCACCGAUGUGAACCAGAACCCUCCAAACAUCCAACCAUCGAACUUCCACUCGCCAUCCGAAGGCUCCCCACUUUUCAAUGUAAACCUUUCGAAAAUUCGCUCCACUGACACAAUCGUCGGACCGAAUCAAGCGAUGAAGGCUCGCUCGUUCAACAUGACCGAGGUGGACUUCUCGAUUCAAGGAAUAUCGAGUUCGUUCGCUCCGGUGCCGAAUCUCGGCAACGAUUUGAAUAAUUCGAAAGAGAAGGUGGACACAUGUCAAGCAGAUUCUCCAAGUCCAAAACGAAAAGUGAAGAAACAGAAGUCACCAGAAGACAGCGAACCGCCGAAUGGUUAUUAUGAGGCGAAGAAGCAGAAAGACAGAAACCGCCAUGCUCCUAGCCCAUCGAAGAGCCACAAUAGCAAUAAUAAAUCUACAGUCAGCUCCACGACGUCGACGGCUAAAGAGAGGUCUCCGGAAAAGAAGAAGACAACGAAAGAUCAGCAGAAGAAGAAGGAUAGACGGAUGACAACGGUGGCUCAUGUGGAUAUGGGAUUGGCCAACAAGGGAUCCACUUCAGUCGUUGGAGACGACUUUUGGUCACCGCAGAAUUCGGAGAAAAUGGCGCCGAAGCAUAGAGCUUCCUUACCACAUUGCAAACUGGCCAUGCUCAUUGGAUGCAACCUGCCGAAUCGCUCGUGGACAACCUUAUUGGAAGCUCUCAGUGCAGUGAUCGCUAUCACAAAUGCUGAGCCUUCUUCUACAAAACCGACAGCUCAAAAUUCGUCUGCCACAAGUGUGACGAAAGUGCGAUGGUGUGCACGGGGCAAUGGGCUAUGA